UUCUCCUUGAAUUUUCUAUAUUUCAUAACAAAACUAACGGCACUGAGUUUCUGGCAUUCUAGGCUGAACAAUGGCCGGAAAACAGGUCGGCGGCGAGGGGUUGUCGGCGAACAUGGCCGGAAUGUCGAAGAAUCAGCUCUACGAUAUCAUGUCCCAGAUGAAGAAUCUGAUAGAACAGAACCAGCAGCAGGCCAGGCAGAUCCUCAUCCAAAACCCUAUGUUAACCAAAGCGCUUUUCCAGGCACAAAUUAUGCUUGGAAUGGUGCAAUCACCUCAAGUGGUUCCAAAAGUUCAGCCAAUGGCUUCACAGAACAGUCAGCAGUCAGUACAGCCAACUCAACAGCCAAACAUUCAGUCUGCUCCAUUAUUGCCUGGGCACAGUGGUGUGCAGGAUCAAGCUGGUGUAUCUCAAACCCAAAUUCCUCUGAGGAAACACCAAAACCAACCUUCAGUGCCAAUUUCAUCUACUGCUGUUCCUCCAAUGAGUCACCAAUCUCAGCCCAUGGCUGCACAUUCUUUGCCAAUGCCACAACAACCUAAAGGACAUUUGACUCCCCAAGUGGCUCCAGUGUCUCUUCCACAAUCGUCACAACUUCCAAACAUACCUCCCCCUUCUCUUCAUUCAUCUUCCCAGCCCCUUCAUCCAACUCAAAUGCCAACUGUUUCCAGUCAGUUACAACAACCAUUGCAGGCACCUGGAUUUCCACAUAUGCCUCUGCAACCACUGCUACCAUCACAGAUCAGACCACCUUCAGGGCCAACCUUCCAUCCCCAGUAUCCCCCACAGAUGGGUGCAAACUUAGGUUUUCAACAUGCUGGUGCUCACAAUCUUCCACAAUCCAUGUUUCACCCAGGUACAAAACCUCCUGCUAGUGUUGGAUCCACAUUCCCACAGGGACAGGCACCACUUCCAAGUCAACAAUCAUCUCAGUCACCUUAUCAGGUUGGGAAUAUGCCUCUAGGGCCCGAUUUUGGCAAUCAAGCUGGAAAUGCAAUGCAAGUAGACAGAGGGUCUUCUUGGAUGCCUGGUCCCUCAGAAAACCUACCACAUCUUUCUGGACCACCAUCUGUCAUUCCUGGUCAGAUGGGUGCUGCUAAUCAGCCUCUUCGGCCUCCUGCGUUGACACCAGAGAUGGAGAAGGCACUGCUUCAGCAGGUCAUGAGUCUCACACCAGAGCAGAUAAAUCUUUUGCCUCCAGAACAAAGAAAUCAAGUGCUGCAGCUACAACAGAUGUUGCGUCAAUGAUGCAAUACGCGCCAUACACCAUGAAAGUUAGGCAGUCUAAAUCCUUCCAGUUUUGCAGAGAUUGCUGUGUCAUGUGUAUAUAUUCAUACUCAUUGUCUGCGAAGUUUUGUAGAAACUGAUACAAAAUUCAUGUAACAAAUUAUAGACCAUAUAAUUCCCCUGAAAUUUGGUGGUCUUAUUUGCUAAACUAUGUACCAUUUUCACAUAUUCGAUAUUUUAUCGUUAAUUUCUACAACACAAUUCUAUCCGAUGUCUAUGUAUAAAGGCAUUUUAUCUUCACUAACUUUUUGCCUAAUUUUUUUUUUCGCUUAUUUACUUUAUUUU